ACACCCCGCCCCGGCACGCCCCGCGGGGCUCGGGCGGAGGCAGCGCGCCGACUGUUCGGGCAGCCGAGGACGCCGCCGGGGCCGGGAGCCGAGGCGCCGGCCAGCCCCCAACGCGCCUAGCUUCUGCGGAUCAGGAGUCAGAACGCUGCACCUUCUCUUCCUCCCAGCCCUGCCUCCUUCUGCAGAACGGAGCUCAAUAGAACUUGGUACUUUUGCCUUUUACUCUGGGAGGAGAGCAGCAGACGAUGAGGAGAAGAUAAUGAAUGUCAAAGGAAAAGUGAUUCUGUCAAUGCUGGUUGUCUCAACUGUCAUUGUUGUGUUUUGGGAAUAUAUCCACAGCCCAGAAGGCUCUUUGUUCUGGAUAAACCCAUCAAGAAACCCAGAAGUUGGUGGCAGCAGCAUUCAGAAGGGCUGGUGGUUUCCGAGAUGGUUUAAUAAUGGUUACCACGAAGAAGAUGAAGACAUAGACGAAGAAAAGGAACACAGAAAGGAAGACGAAAGCAAGCUUAAGCUAUCGGACUGGUUCAACCCAUUUAAACGCCCUGAGGUUGUGACCAUGACGGAUUGGAAGGCUCCUGUGGUGUGGGAAGGCACUUACAACAGAGCCAUCUUAGAUGAUUAUUAUGCCAAGCAGAAAAUUACCGUCGGCCUGACGGUUUUCGCUGUCGGAAGAUACAUUGAGCAUUACUUGGAGGAGUUCUUAACGUCUGCUAAUAAGCACUUCAUGGUUGGCCAUCGAGUCAUCUUUUACAUCAUGGUGGAUGAUGUCUCCAGGAUGCCUUUGAUAGAGCUGGGUCCUCUGCGCUCCUUCAAAGUGUUUGAGAUCAAGCCUGAGAAGAGGUGGCAGGACAUCAGCAUGAUGCGCAUGAAGACCAUCGGGGAGCACAUUGUGGCCCACAUCCAGCAUGAGGUUGACUUCCUCUUCUGCAUGGACGUGGACCAGGUCUUCCAAGACAAGUUUGGGGUGGAGACCCUGGGCGAGUCGGUGGCCCAGCUACAGGCCUGGUGGUACAAAGCAGAUCCCGAUGAGUUCACCUACGAGAGACGGAAGGAGUCUGCAGCAUACAUUCCCUUUGGCGAAGGGGAUUUUUACUACCACGCAGCCAUUUUUGGGGGAACACCUACUCAGGUCCUUAACAUCACCCAGGAAUGCUUCAAAGGAAUCCUCAAGGACAAGAAAAAUGACAUAGAAGCCCAAUGGCACGAUGAAAGCCAUCUAAACAAGUAUUUCCUCCUCAACAAACCCACUAAAAUCUUAUCCCCGGAAUACUGCUGGGAUUAUCAUAUAGGCCUACCUGCGGAUAUUAAGCUUGUCAAGAUGUCUUGGCAGACAAAAGAGUAUAAUGUGGUUAGAAAUAACAUCUGACUUUGUGCCAGUACAUUUCUGAAUUUGAGAGAGUAUUAUUCUGGCUACUUCCUCAGAAAAGUAACACUUAAUUUUAACUUAAAAAAAAAAUACUAACAAAAGACCAACACAGCAAGUACAUAUUAUUUCUCCUUGUAACUUUGAGCCUUGUAAUACGGGAGAAUGAACCUGUGGUAAUCAGAUGUAAAUUCCCAGUGAUUUCUUAUCUAUUCUCGGUUGUGGGAGUGGGGAACGGAUACACUAUCAGUUGAACCAAAAAAAAAAAAAAAAAUUGUCAUAGACAAAGAAAAAGCCAGAAACAUUCUACAUGUGCCAAUUGACUUACUGAAGAGAAGUAUGCAAAGGGAAGUGUUUGGCAACAAGAUAACGAUUGUGAGGGGCUAUCCUCUUGAUUUCAGUGUCUUCCUGUUGCUGCUGGGUCUGAAGCAACUCAGAGCUGCUUUUGCAGCAGUAGAACUCUUAGUAGGACAGUCUACCUUGGUGAUCCUCAAGUGGUUUAGUCAAUGUCCUUUCCUUAUCAGGACAUUGUUUGGCUUCUGUGCCAAGACUAGUCAAGAUUCCCAAUGCACAUGGUGAAGAUGUUGGGAGCCACAGGCAAUCUGAGGGAGCCAGAUUGUGGAUGCUCAGCGUGAAAUGAAAACAAAGCCUCCAAGUAAGCUGGCUGUGAAAUAAGCAAAGAGAGAGUAGAAAGACAGGGAGCUGAUCACUGUGGGGUGCCUCCUCUGAGGGGCACAGGGCAUGCAGUUGGCACAUAAAUACGGCAUGGAUCCAGGCAGUGUGGGUGGUCUCCAGUCUCCUCAACCAUGAUGACAGCCAGAGCAGUGUUGUCUUAUAAGAUGCUUCUUGUUUUGGCCAAGUCACAUUCAGUAUGCCAGACUCUGGAACUUGAGUCUUCAGAUCCUUGGCCAGAGGAAGUGGAUGGUGUCUGAGGAAACAAAAACCUGUAGGGGACUGAAGAGGAUUGCCAGGACUUACACUUCCCAGACCUGGGCUUCAUGAUAGUCAGUUGUCAGCAAGUCCCGCCACCAUCUGCUCUAACCCUCAGCCCAUCCAGCCCCACGUUGGAGGGCUGAUAUCAAGGAACCUCUCAUUUCCCCUUGCCCCACCUGCACUACUGAAGUAUAAGAACCAGACGUGUUUAAUAAAAUGGUUAGUUGAUUUUGUGUCAAAAGUAGAGGGGAUGGCGAUGGGAGAUCCAGUCCUUGUGACUGAACAACUUACCAUUCAAUUCCUUUCUCUAAGAGAAGCUAUGAAAUCUUAUAUAUUAUUUAAAGUUAAACAAGUCAGUGUAACGGGAGAAAAGAGGCAACAUUUAUAUAUGCAGGCAUGUUUAUAUUUUGCUUGUGUUCCAGUUUACGUCAUUGCUUCCCAUUUUCAAGUGAUUGACUUAAAGGGCCACCUCACUGGCUUGAUGCUCAGCCGUGCGGGCUUCUUUGAUAAAAUGAAACCUCCAUUUUCUCUACUGUUUUACUGUGCCUCCUACUCUUCCGUUCUUGCCAAAAUUUUUCACAACCCAGUAAAACAAAAGAAAACCAACAAAAAUCCUGAAAAAGUGGGCUUGCAAAAGAAAAAGGAGAUCAAAGGUCAGUUAGGACUCUUGAUUCUAUAUAAUUCAAGUUUUGGGGGAUCCAUUCUGGACUAGGGAGAGUUCAUGAUUUAAGUGUGAAAGCAAAGGAAUGAUGUAUCUUCAAAGAUCAGAAAGGAAUGAAAAGGAAUGAAGUUUCCUUUCGAAGGGAUCUUGAUUUUUUUUUAAAUUCACUUAAAUUUAAAAUCCAAGUGGACAAAGUAAAAAAUCAAUAGUUCAAUGUUAAAAAACUAAAAUAAAAUUCCUGAUUUACAAUUAAAUAAAUUAUUUUCUCAAUA